AUGUCCAUCUUCGUCUCCAGCCUUACGUCUCGGAUGCUUCAGCUCCAGCAGCUCAUGGACAAGGAAUCAGGUUACAAGCGCUUGCUGCAGAGAUACAAUGAGAUGCACUCCUUGUCCUACACCACCGUCUACCUGGCCAAGCGCCACAUUCAGGACUUGCCGAGACCCGGUUGCAUGUUGGGAAGAAGAACGCAAGACAUCCCUUUGCUGAAUUUCCAGGACCGCAUGACGCUGGAGAGUGACAUGGACACCGAGAAGGAACUCCUACGGCUCCUGCCGGUGCAGACGCAAGCCUUGCCGGUCCUUAAUUAUGUCACUGCCUGCGCCAAGGAUGGCAUCUCCACUCGCUUGGCAGAGCAGGUUGGCUUCAAAGCCCUCUACAUGACGGGCUUUGGCACGGUGGGGUCGCACUUGGGCCUCCCAGAUGCCGGCCUUGCCAGCUACCGGGAUAUGGUGGAACGCGUCCGCACGCUGAGCGCUUUGACCUCGGCGCCCCUGAUCUGCGACGGCGACACGGGCUUCGGCGGCCUGCUGAAUGUUGACCACACGGUCAAGGGCUACGAAGCUGCUGGGGCCAGUGCCAUUCAGUUGGAGGAUCAGGAGUUUCCCAAGAAGUGCGGCCACACACCGAACCGCAAGGUGAUUCCCUUCGAGCAGGCCGUCGCCAAGAUCCGGGUGGCCGUGGAGGCGCGCAGCUCGCCGGACUUCCUCAUCAUCGCGCGCACCGACGCGCGCACCGCCCUGGGCCUCGACGAGGCGCUGCGCCGGGCGAAGGCCUUCGCCGCGGCGGGCGCCGAUGUGCUCUUCGUCGAGGCACCCGAGUCCGAGGCGGAAAUGCAGACGAUCUGCAGCUCUUUGGCGGAGACAGGGAAGCCCUUGCUGGUGAACUGCGUCGAAGGUGGCAAGACGCCCCUCUUGAGCAAAGAACGCUACAUCGAGCAGCUGGGCCUUCAACCAGUGAGUGCUCGGGAAAGGACCGAAUGGCUGGGCUAUCAGUUGGCCAUCUAUCCAGCCACUGGGUUCCUUGCUAUGGGCCAGGCACUCACGAAGGUCUAUCGCAGCCUGAGUGACCAUGGCGCCUUGGGUAGUUGA